GUCUGAUAGUCACGUACGCGUUCUCUUCUUUUCAUUCUUAAAACAGAUGCCUGAUGGUCUGAGCCGAUAAAGUGAACUUUAUCGUAUCUAGUUUGUGUAUUUUUCUGUUUGCUUAGCCUUUAAGAGAGAACUAGCGCUUUAGGUGUAACUUACUCCGUAGUAGCGAAGCUGUUAUUUGUAGAUUUGUGUUGGUCCUGUCCUGUCCUGUCGAUGCCUCAGGAAUCUCAGGAGGGGCAGCAAUCGCUGCCGCUGGUCCGAUCUCUGGUCAGCCGGAUACCGGCCUACGUGUUGUUCUGUAACAACAGCCCGCGCGUCGUGAAGCCCGUCUGGAUCAACUUCCGAGGGGAGCCGCAGCCAUACGUAGAUAUACAGCCGUACACCGGUCGAAGAAUGACAACUUAUGUGGGACAUCCAUGGAUGUUUCGGGAUGCAGAGACUGACGAUCCAAUGGUAGUCAAUAGUAAAGAGAUGUACUUGCCCGCCUCCGUUGAAAAUGGACAAGUCUCAAUUGCGCACAUCACAUUGCCUGUGUUGACCUUGCGAGAUCGCUGUCUGCAAGUUGUGAGGCGGUUGGUGCGCAGAGAAGAUAUCUGUCGGCUGGAGAUCGCCCGCUGCCUACAAGAUGACCUUGCUCGGAGACCCAGCAUCCACGCCGAUCUACGACGCGUUAGUCAGCGAGUGGAACAGAAGUUACUGGAGAACAGAGAACAGCAAAACAGAUGAAAACAUGAGCGUUAACUUUAGCGUGAACGAGGACAUAUUUACUGAGCAGACCUGUGCACCAGCACCAUAUACAACAGACAAUGUAGUCUGACACUGUAAAAUACAAACCUGAGAUCAGGCGGAAUAUUUUCUUAAGCAAAUGGAUGCUUUAAACAUGUAUCAAGCAAUGCUUUCAGGUCAUUUAGGCUUUAAUGAGUGGCACUGACUUGAGAGCCCACAGAAAGAACUUUAGAAAAUGCAGAUUUUGUGUGAUUGUCUGUGUAGUAGACCUUGCAAUAGCUCUCGGUAUACUUUUACUCUGUUACCUUACCAAUAACUUUAUACUUGGAAAAAUGUUCUUUGUAAAUAAAGAAAUAUUAAAUAUUUGUAAUUAUA